CACAAAUUUCAUAAUCAAUAACAAUAAAUAUAACACAAUUGUUCAAUAAUUUUUGUGAUUAAAAAAAAUUGGAAUAGAAUAUCGUGUACAAUUAUUACUUACCUAUAUUUGUGAAAAAAUAUAAGUGAAUAUUUUCAAUUAAAUUUUCGUAAAUUUUUUUCAAUUGUUCCCAACCCUUAAAAAUCGUACCAAUGUUAGACGACGCUAUAGGUGGUGAACAAUCCGAGAGUGAAUCAUCAUUAUCUGAUAAUUUAUCGUACGCUGAAUUUUUAGUCUCGCACCAUAAAAAAUUCAUGGAUCACUUACAGAAAGCGUUUGCUGUAAGUGCAGGGAGUGCAGCAGCUGCGGCAUCAGCAACAGGUGGUUCUUCUGGUGUCCUAGUUAAUCGGGAGGAUUUAAUUGAUGUGGCCUUAGCUGAAACGGCAUUAGAUGAUUUUAAUGAACGUAAUAAUUAUACCGCAUCAGUGAUAUUCACUGAAAUAGCUGAUGAUAUUGGUAAAACUAGCGGAUUCUUUCAUGCCGGUAAUAUGACAAAUGAAGAAUAUGAACAGUUUUUGGCGGAUUUAUGGGUUGGCAUUGUUUUGACAUUAAUGGUGUUAAGUUGUGUUUGUUGUAUGUGUUCAUGUCUAUUGUAUCAUAAAUUUCAACAAUGGAAACGUAGUGUAUUAGAAAACCGUACAAAUUCGAAUCCAGAAGCAGGCGACAACGAAUCAUUGCCCAGUUAUACAAUAGCAUCAGGUUUACCAAGCUACGAAGAAGCUUUAGAACAAUUAAAAACAAUAAAAACCAAUUCAAUAAUUUGUUCUGCAUUAUCAAAUCACUUAACACCACAUAGCAAAGCACAAGAAUCUGCGGCAAUUGCACCUGUGCACCAACAUCCACACCCCUCAAUAAAUAAUGAUAAUCCAGCAACACCAAAUCAACAAUCGUCACAUAUAGCGCAAUCAACACAACCUGGAUACGCUACAUCAGCGUCGAUGGCACGAUUAUCAGUUGUAGAUUUAUUUCAAAUCUAUAAAAGUAAUAAUUCAACAACAGAUGCAUUGAGUAAAACAUGAAGUUGGAAAAAUGAUUGUUAAAUAUUGAUGGUUUCAAGUCAAGCUGCAAAGAAAACGCUUAUAAAAAUCCCAAAUAUCAAGAUGCUAAUUAAUUAUUUAUUAAUGACUGAUCAAUUGCCAUUAUGAUGAUGUUAAAAGGAAGAACGAUUG